AUGAUUUUAUUGUAUUUUCUAACAAUCUUCUUGACUGUCUCAUCAGUUGAAGUAGAAGACAUAUGUCUUUCUAAGCCUCGAAAACUUGACGAAGUUCAGUUCCAUGUAGAUGCUGAUGCUGAUUCUAGUUUGAAUGUUUUUGUAUAUCACGCACAAGAGUAUAGCCCUCUAAGAGCUUUUUCUGAUGUGUUGUUGAUAACUAACUUCACUGAUGAAAAUGACUGUAAUAUAUAUCAGGGAGCUAGUUGCACUGACGUUUUAGAUGAGUAUCAUCAGUAUAACAUACUUUUCGGAUAUUGGAAGAAAAUUCAGUUUUGGAGAAAUCACAGAAUAUAUCCAUUCAAUACUACUUACAUUGGAAUAGAUUCCAAUGUCCCGUAUAGCGUCAAUAUUCAGACAUUCAAAGUCAACUACUUCCGAGUUGCUAUUUUCAUCGGUUCAAUCGCUCUGUUCUUAUUUUCGUCAAGUCUUGUUAGGAACAGCUUGUUCUAUUACUCGAGUGGAUGUUCUAUGGGUGUAUUAGCAUCAGUUUUAAUUGUUGCCUUCUUAGUUUAUCGUGUGGCUCCAAAGAAAACCAUCGGUAUUCCUAUUUUAGUCGGAGGAUGGUCCGUCUCGUUGUGGCUUCUUCACUUUUUAUGGAGCAAUUUUGCCAGUCUCGUGGUGUCAUAUCAGAAAUAUGUUGCUGGUUAUUUUAUCGCUGCUCUCCUCAUAUCUUUUGCCAUUUGUUAUAAAAAAGGCCCGCCAACAGAUGCGCGAUCCCAUGACAUUGCUCAAUGGACAUUACAGCUUAUCGCUGCAGUAGCCAUUUAUUUCUCCUGUCAGGUUCCUGAAGUGUCAUUUGCCGUGAUAGGUGUUCUCGUUUUUCAUGAACUAACCAAAUCGUGGUUGUUCUCUGCUUGCUUUAAAACAACUUCCGUUCUUUCUACUAUCUGGAGAAAACUUUUCCCUAUCAAACCAAGACUUCUUAGUAUGGAAGAGUAUGAAACUCAAAUGAGAGAGACAACUGACAAUGAGUUGAAAAAGUUGCAAAAAUAUAUCCGAAGUCCUGACGUGAAUGCUUGGAAAUUAACAAAGUCCGUCAGAAAUCCACAAAAGUUAGCCAGGUUUGCCAAUGGAGAGGAAGAUCAUGUUUCGGAUGAAGAGCUCUUUGCUCAUGAAAGAGAUGGCGAUAUCUUGGAAAGACAUUCCGAGGGACUCGAUACAGAAGAAGCAACCACUGAAGAAUGGGAAGAAGAAAUCAUCUAUCGUAGAACACCAAAGACUAAGAAAGGAGGACUAUCAACUUCAACGUCUAUCCGUUUAUCUCGAGGUGUAUCAGCUAGAAUAUUAGCAGAGAAACUAGGAGCAUCUGCCGGUCAGAUAAAAACUUCAUCUCGUUUAAAUCAUAAUCCAAAGCGGCAUUCAAUUGCUUCCAGUACAACUGGCUUGCCUCCCAAGCAAAAAUCAAAAAAUCCACCAAACGAUGUGAAGCUGAAAUCACGAUCAAAGAGACAUGAUAGAUCUGAUUUCUAUAGUUCCGAUUCUGAUCCAGAUUAUGAGUCUGAGAAUAUUGGGGGCAAGUCGGAGCUCAGUGAAGACGACCUUAGUCAGUGA